CUUACACACACACCUCUUACACACACACCUUACACACACACACUUACACACACACACUUACACACACACAUUCCAGGGUGUGUCUCGUGAUGCCAAUACCAUUGAAAGCAUUUUAGGUUUUUUACUUCCUUCUUUACUCUCGCUAUAAGAGUUCCUGAUCCAGCGUCUAUCUGAGCCACACAGCGAGUGAUCCAAGUGAAGCACAUAGCUCAUGGCAAGUGCGACUCCCAGUGAGAGUGUGGAUAGUGAGCUGAGCUGCUCCAUCUGCCUGGACACGUUCGUCUGCCCCUCCACACUGAGCUGCGGACACUCGUACUGCAUCCAGUGUCUGGAGGCCGCCUGGGAGACGGCGAGCAGCUUCCGCUGCCCGCAGUGCCGAGCGGCCUUCCCUGUCCGACCCCAGCUGAGGCGGAACGUGGCCCUCGCCAACCUGGCAGAGCAGCUCAGAGCUGAAGAUGUGAUGACCACGGGCGUCGUGUGUGACCACUGCAGAAACGGUCAGACUCCUGCAGUGAAGACCUGCCUGAGAUGUGAGAUGUCUUACUGUGCCACGCACUUGAGGCCACACUUGGACAAUCCCAGGCUAAGAGAACACCGCCUGGUGGAUCCCAUCGCGAACCUGGGGGAGCGACGGUGCCGGCAGCACAGACAGGAGCUCAUUCUUUACUGUCAACAGGAUGAGAGCCUGGUCUGCACAUUUUGCACCAUGGCUGGGGAACAUACAGGGCACGAGGUCAUUACAGUGGAAAAUGCUCAAUGGUCAAAACAGGAGGUGUUUAGACUCGAGAAGACGAUGAGAGAGGAGAAGAAGACUACAGCAGAAUCACGGACACAGCAGCUCAAGGGCGCCUUCAAGCGUGUGCAGGAGUCACUGAAUGGAACCAAAGAGCGGAUCAACAGAGAAUUUAAGCGCAGGAGGGAGCAGCUGAGGGAGGAGGAGAGGGAGGUGCUGGAGCGCGUAGACGAGGAGGGCCGCUCUGUGCUAUCCCGCAUCCAGGCGGACAUCGCUCGCUACGAAAGCAGAACACGGGACCUGGAACAGGAGAUCAACCAGCUGCUCGCCGCCCUCAGCGAGCAGGACCCGCUUUCCUUCCUACAGAAUUCCGUGCAUGAGAAUUUCAGGAGCUCAGUCUCCCAGGGGUCUCAGGAUGACCCAGCCCCCAUCUCCAGCUGUCUGAACCUCGCAAAAGCCAUCUCAGUGGGAGGCGUCCAAUCGAAACUUCUGCCUUUUCUCGAUGGAUGCUCACCAACUCUAGACACAAACUCAGCCCACAACGAACUCCAGAUUUCCUCUGAUCUCAGGACGGUGACAUGGAGCGGUGUCUCCCAGGGUCGCCCCCAUCACCCACAAAGGUUUGAAGUCUAUCGACAAGCUCUGUGCUCCGAGAGCUUCUCGUCGGGUCAGCACUACUGGGAGGUGGACGUGGGGAGCAGUGCGUGGUUGUGUCGGAUUGCAGUCGCAUACGGGACAAUCCCACAGAGAGGAAGUGGUCCUGAGUACCUCCUGGGAGGGAGUGAUGUCUCCUGGAGUCUACAGAAAUAUAACAACAGCUUAUCAGUGUGGCAUGGCGGGGUAGAGACCUUACUGUCAGUGCCAGAGCCUCCGCAGAGAGUCGGGGUUCAUUUGGAUUGGGACGCGGGACUCUUGUCGUUUUACAGCAUCGACUCCAUGGUGCUGUUACACUCAUUUUACCAAACCUUCACUCAACCCCUGUAUCCUGGGCUGUACGUGUGGGGUAAAGUUGGUGACUCAGUGACGAUUGUGGAUCUGAGUCGUGAAUCCUGAGAAAGAUGAAUGUGAACACCGUAGAGAUCUGAUACAACACACGACAAUCACACCAUAAUCACUGUUGCACGCAGUGCUACAUCUGUAACUAGUUGGUGGGCACAGUGGUUUGGAGUGCAUUGCUUCGAUUAGAACGUUGGUGCGUGUAAUUCCUCACAACCUUUUAGGGGUGAUAAAAUAACUACCACUGUGGGCGUGAAGCCAACAUCAAUGUAUUCACCCUGCUUGUGGAUUGUGUUUAUAGUGUCGGGGUGCAAUGUUGAGCAAUCGUUAAAUGGAAUGUGUUUAUAUAGUAGCGGUGUAAUGGAUAGGGGUACAAUGAUUCUGUACUCUAGAAAAUCAAUUAACUGUCUUUAUUCCUGGUGGUGAAUGCAACAGCAUCUAGUGUGUUGUAUAUGUAGGUUAUGAAAAUUUUGAUGAAAAUAAUACAAAUUAAAUUAAAUUUGAAAUUUGCAUAAUUAUCCGAAAUUGUGUUAUUUGAUGUAAUUAUGCGCAUAAAUUAUGCUAAUUUGAGAUAUAAUCGUAUUACUUUAUGCUAGUGUGUGUGAUUAUGCUAAUGCGAGCCGUUAUGACAAUUAGGCCCCGCCUCGUUGACAAGGGUCGGCUAUCAAUCGGGAUAAUGCAAUUCAUCAUAUGAAGUUAUGCAGGUGCUGUGAGCAUGUCAUAUUAAACUCGGCUUCGCUGUUAACUUCGUAUUAUCGAUCAGUAUGAUACAAUUAUUCUCGCUUUAACAUUUAUUGAGUAUGGAUUAGUGUGUUUAUGCCAAGUCUCCAGAUUCAUACCUCAACGCAGAAUACAGUUCUUACGCAUAAUUUUCAGGAAAGAGCACACAACAACUUCUGCAUUAAAUUUUUUUUUAGUAAACCUUAACUCUAAAAGAUGCAACUCUCGGCUUGGAAUUCCAACACAGUAUCAACACAGUAUCAUCACGACUGCAUUGUUUCACUUUGAUAACAGCACAUUGAUUCCUUCCCCCGCGUAACGCGAGCCCAGUUGGUGAGAUAGAGAGAAGCAAAAAAAAACAUGCAUACGCUAUUGUAACAAAAAUCUUAACUUUAUAAUAUGCAAAUUCGUAUACUUGAAAAUUGCCCACACAGUACCGCAUUCAUUCAUAGACCUUCAAGUCAAUUCUUAUCACGGAUCAGUUGAUAUUUAAUGCAUCACCUUGAAAUGGCAACUCUUCUUGAAACCCAAAGAUAACUUUUUGGAACAACCUAAUUUAUCCCGAUAUGCGUGUUGUGUGUCUUCUUUGCCACUUAAUUAAUUCUUUGCAUCAAGCAGACGCCAGGUUUGUCGUGUGGUGGGGGGAGGAUAUACGACCGAUGGUUGGUUGAACUCGCUCGGCGUUUCUCACGCCGCUGGGGGAUGAGCUCGCCGGCACGGCCCUCUCCUGGUGCUGCUCGAACGCUCUCAGUGCUGCUGCAGAUUGACGGGUUGACACGGUGCUGUAGUCGCGGUAUUUCGUCGGUAGAUGGCGCUCACUGUUGCAGCUUUGUUCACGGGCGGCUGGUUAGGCUCUCUGCGCUGCUGGAAGACUGCGCUGCACGUUCUCUCUCUCUCUGUGGAGAGCUCGAACGUGCUCUUCGCUGGUUCUCUGACAGCAGGUUUUCUCCACUGCUGUAAUAGCUGCGCCACUCACGGGCUCUCUCUGUGGAGGCAUUCGAACACGCUCUCUCUGGUUCGCUGAUAGCAGGUUCUCUCCACUGCUGGAUGACUCAAGUCGCACGCACUCUUCGCUGGUUCGCUGACAGCAGGUUCUCUCCACUACUGGAUGACUCAAGUCGGCACACGCUUGGCCGCUGGUUGCAGAAGCUCUUGCUUGGUGCGUCGGUCGCGCUGCAGCUGGACUUGAUGUAGAGCCGGCACUCUAUGUAGAAAUAAAGGUCUUUAAGCGAUACUUUGCCUUUCAGCUCUGAAUCUCACUCACGUUGAUACAUUGUUACUUGGCGAGGCUCGCCAUUCUCAGUUGAUCGCAGGGCUCGUUGGAGCCAGCCGCUCGUGCCCCCUGCUCUGCAGCUCCUGAGCUGACGACCUGUUCAACUCGCUGUGCCUUGUUUGAACUGAACUUUUGAAAUGAUGGUUGAUCCGUUAUAUUCAAAAAAACAUCUCCGCUCUGCACCAUGGAGGGCGUAGCCUGUGUGUGUGUGCGUGUGCGUUCGUGUGUGUGUCAUUCCAUUAAACCAUCCUGGUCCCCCCCAUUCCACCGUACCCUCCCCAAGGCAUCCCUUCACCCGUGGGUCACAGAUGGCCCCCUCCCUGCAACCACAAGCAACUCCUCGCUAGGGGUCAAAUUCCUUUCUCGUGCUGCGGGAAGACAAAGGCGGCCGGGGUCUCUCUUUCUCUCUGGCUGACUCUUGAGAGAGAGAAAACAUACUUUGUCACUGUCCUACCGUGGAUAUCUGGAGAUUCUGUAGACAGUCGUUAACCUUUCCUGCGCCCUGGGAGUUAUUAUUUAUUUAAUUUCAAUUCAAUGGACCUUUCAUGACCUCCACAUGCUGUUUGCUGUGGGACUGGGUUUGUGUUUUUCAUUCAUUAUUUCGGUUAAAAAAUAUAUAUCGGCAAAUAUUAUUGAUAUUAAAGAUGGAAAAAGGGGCCCGUAUACAACAUGUGGUUGGAAUAUAAAAACGAUUAUUACAGAUGCAUUGAGUCUGCGAUUCUCUGUGUGAGUUUGUGUCUCUGUGUGAAUGUAUGGUCUGUGUGUGAGUAUAUGGGCCUCUGUGUGUAUACAACGGCAUUAUAACACUUGUAUCAUUGAUUCCACAUUAAAACAAUUCACAAAUCUAACAAUUUGUACAUUGAAGUUCAUUUGCACCAUACAUAACCACUGCGCUUAUCGAAGGUACGGUGGAAGGGCAACAAACUAAAUACAAAAAGUAGUUUGAAAGAAGUGGGAUUUCAAUCUGGAUGUAAAAGUGCAUAGCGCCAGUGACUUCCUCAUAUCAGAAGGAAGCGUGUUCCAGAUGGACACAGAAGGGCAUCCAAAAACGCACGAUGCAAAUGUAUAUAUAGGGCUUUUUCCAAAAAUAUAUAUUAAGAAUGAUU